UUCACGUGGAGUUGUAAAAGUAAUAGAGGUUUACCCUAAAAUUACAAGGUUUUAAUACUCAAAAUGCCAAAAUCAAAACGAAAUAGGGCAGUUUCACUGACCAAAGCAAAGAAAAAGGGCUUGGAAUUGAAAACAGGAUUGGUUAAGGAGAUUCAAGAGUGCGUGGAUAAUUAUGCCUUCAUCUACGUAUUUUCUGUGGAAAAUAUGAGGAAUAGUAAACUAAAGGAAGUGAGAAAUGAAUGGAAACAUAGCAGACUAAAAAUAUGUACAAUUUAUGUAUUCUCUUUUGGACAGAAACUCUUUGGAAACCCACAAGCUGAAUUUCACAUCACUCUCCUGUGUAUGUGGUCUCAGAGUGGAAUAUUUGAAGAGCUUACUUAGACUGUUGAAUUUCUCCAAAUAUUCAAGAAUUACUUGUAAAAUAAAUUUUGAAACUGGUACUAAUAAAAGACACAGUAACUUUUA